GUCUAAGUGGAUGGUAAUGAGGACCUACACCAAGGUAGUAGCCAGGAAAUACUGGCCUGUAGAGAAAGUUAGACCCAACAGAACUUUGUGACUGAUGGAACAUGCAAAAUAAUGGAGAGAUCGGAAUAAAAGACAACCCAACGUUAUAAAUUUGUGAUACUGGGAGACAAUGAUGGUGGCACAGAAAGAAAUAGUCAACUUUUGGGGUUUUCUUUCAAAUCCUCAAUUCUGUGGCUCAUGUUAAAAGCUAACAUGUCUGCAGAGCAGAGGUGUCUAAUAUGUAGCCACAGUCUAUAUGUACCUACAACAGUCCUGAGUGCUGAACCAGAUUAAAAUGUAAUUGGGAAAUACUUAAGAAACUAAAUAAAAGCCAUUUAAAACACUGAUAAUGCUAUUCAUGUAGUUUUCUAAGUCAGUAUGUGCCUGCAGGGAUUCUCAUGCUCCAUUUACUGGUCCUCCUUUCCAUGUGAGUUUGACACCACUGAUGCAGAGGUCUCUAGGUGAUGCAGUAGAUAGAGGGCUGGACCUGGAGUUAGGAAAACCUGAGUUCAGAUCUGGCCUCAGAUACUUUCCAGCUGCGUGAGGUCAUGCCACUUAACCUUUGCCUCAGUUUCCUCAGUUGUAAGAUGGGGAUAUCACCUACUUUAAAGUAUUGAUAUGUGGAUUAAAUGGGAUAUAUUUAUAAAAUCCUUAGAACAGCGCCUGGCAUAUAAUAGAUACUUUAAAAAUGCUUGUUUCCCUCUUUCUGGUACAAAUAAAUUAGUCAAACAGGAGAUCCAGGAUACUAGAUCUAGCUCUGACACUAACUCACUAGGCAAAUCACUUGACUUUUCUAAGCCUCUGUUUCCUCAUUUGUCAAAUGAGACAAUCAUCUCUGCUUGGCCAGUUUCCCAACAAAUAAAGAAAAAUUGUGCUUAGCACAGUACCAGGCACAAAGUAAACCUUAACAAAUGCUUAUUGAACUGACUAAAAUAACUGAUGGAAAAGUGCUUCAGAAAAUUAAAAGUUCUGUGGAAAUGUCAUCUUAUGUUUUCUUUUAUUACACAGCCUUCCAAGAACAUGAUUAUCAAUCAAUUUUAAUAAACAUUUACUAAGUGCCUACUAUAUGCCAUUUAUUGUGUUAAGAACUGGUACAUAAAGAGACAAAAGAUAGUCUCCACCCUCAAAAAUCUUAUAGCUACUGACAUCCUAGAUAUGAUAACAAGUUAAGGGGAGAUGGGCAAUUUAAUUUAUUCUUACACAUUCCUCUAUAUUCCUUCUAAUUCCCUUUUAAUCUGGUUAACUCAUAACCGGAUCUCCAACUAUGAAAUGUGACUGGGAGAAAGCACAUCUGUCCUUUUAGAGAGAUGCUGCUUAAUGAAUCAGCCCCAAGAACAGGCAUUGGUUCUGCAGUCUUAUCAAGUCCCACCACUGAUGAAUCAGCAGUUACUUUUCAACAUUAGGAAUUUUGGAUAUGUUGGGUGGGUUGGGACAUUGGGUUGGACUUGCCUCAGAGGUGUAGUUCAGAAAAGUACAUGAUUAAAAGCAACGGAGAAAUUGAGAGGCACUGGAUGACUGGUUCAGCUGCUAGAUGAUCCCACUGGAAGGAAAUAUGGCAGCCAGAUGGUCCCAGAGAAGAAGGCAAUUUUCCUGUAGGUGGUCCUUGCUCUUGCUUUUGGGAUUGCUGAAGCUAUUUGGGAUUGCUGAAGCUCUCACCCUGGCAGAAACAUCUACAGGUAUUUCUUCUUUACCCAUGGGAGAGGCAAAAGUGACUUCAAGGAUAGGGGAAAAUGCCACCCUUUAUUUUAGGGCAGACUUCCAGUUAUCAAAUCUCAGUGUUACCUGGUAUCGCCUCAGCCAGCAUGGACCAAACACCAUGGUGUAUAGUUAUCAUUUUGAAGCUGAGCAGAUAGAGGACCAGACUACGGAAUUCCAGAAGCGUGUCUCCCACUCCAUCAAGCCAGGGGAGGUGAUGCUGACUUUGAAGGAUGUGAGACUGCAAGACAGUGGGACAUACAAAUGUAUCGUGGAGGAUAGCCAACAUUCAGUACAGGGAUAUGUGAUUCUCCAGGUGACAGCCCCAAAAGAAACUUUACACGAGGAUGAGGACUCAGUGGUGAUUUAUUCAGUGUUGGGGCUCUUCCUUGCAGGCCUGAUGGUGUGGAUGAUUUCCUUCAGCAUUUUAUAUAAAUGGGGAGACCAGGAGCACCCCCAGGAACUAGGAAAUAUGACAUGAAUAUUGGAAUUGACAUGGAAUAUGGAAUAACUGGUAACUGUUUGACUAGUGACUUAAUAGUCUAAUACCCCUAUCCUUUCACUAAACAGACAUCUGACCCAGAGCAAAAUGUGCUCUUAACAAAAAAUUUGAUAUCAGUCAUUUACAUUUUAGUGUGACUAUUUAGUUAUCUCUUUCACAGGGUUUUUUGUUUUGAUUUUAAUCUUUUUUCUUCCAAUUACAUGUAAAAACAAUUUUUAACAUUUGUUUUUAAAACUUUUAAAUUCCAAAUUCUCUUCUUCCCUUUCCCAGCCUUCAAAAGGCAAGCAAUUUGAUAUACAUGCAUGUCCACUUAUGUAAAACAUGUUUCUUUAUUAGCCUUGUUGCACAAGAAAAAAGCCCCCCAAGAAAAAUAAAGUAAAAGAAAAUAUGCUUUGAUCUGCAUUCAGACACCAUCUGUUCUUUUUUUUUUUUCUGGAAGUGGAUAGCAUUUCUCCUUAUAAGUCCUUUGGAAUUGUCUUGGAUCAUUCAUUGAAUUGCUGAGAAUAGAUAACUCAUUCAUAAUUGAUCAUGAUAUAUUGCUGUUAGUGUGUACAGUAUUCUCCUGGUUUUGCAUCAAUUCAUAUAAAUCUUUCCUGGCUUUUCUGA